AUGGCCGAACAGAAUGGCGUAACGGGCCAGUCGCCCACGUGUUCUAUUGAAGAGUUCUCUAGUACUGCUUUCGACUACAUUAUCUGCGGAGGCGGAACUGCUGGAUUGGCUAUUGCAGCUCGUCUGACUGAGAACCCUGAGGUGACAGUUGGUGUUAUCGAAGCUGGGAAAUACCGCAUUGGAGAUCCAUUGGUGGAUAUGCCUGGGGGACUAUUUCAGUUGUUGGAAAAUCCCGAGUAUGACUGGUGCAUGUACACGGCUCCGCAGGAAGGGAAUAAUGGAAAAAUCCACCAUGUUCCUCGCGGAAAGUUGCUCGGCGGGUCCAGUGGUAUCAACUACAUGAUGUACGUGCGUGGUAGCACACAGGAUUACAAUGACUGGGCCGAAUUGGCCGAAGAUGAAGGCUGGUCAGCGGAUAUCAUGCAACACUACAUGCGCAAGCACCAGAGUCUCGAGCCUAUUGACCCCUCGAUUACAGACACCACUACCAUGCCUUUCGUUGGAGAGUUCCACGGCACCAGUGGCCCAGUCCGCACAGGCUUCAACGACACUAUUAUGCCAAUUGAGAAUGAUAUUAUCAAAGCUUGCGACGAAGUCACAAACACCCCGGAGAAACCACUUGACCCAUGGAGCGGGGAUCACAUCGGUUUCUACAACACCCUAGGCUCUAUCUGUCGCACUGGGCCGAACAAGGGCAAGCGCAGUUAUGCUGCCAGAGGAUACUAUGAGGCCAAUCGGGCCACCCGACCGAAUCUCAAGGUUCUUUGCAGCACGCUGGUGAACAAGAUCAACCUCACCGGCAACAAGGCCACUGGUGUCAACAUCUCUCAUGAAGGCCAGGAGUACAAUGUUUCCGCCAAGCGCGAGGUCAUUGUCUGUGGAGGAACCCUCAAGUCACCUCAGAUCCUCGAGCUUUCUGGUAUUGGAGAUCCCGCCGUUCUCGAAGCCGCCGGUGUUGAAUGCAAGAUCGCAAACCCAGCCGUUGGCGCCAACCUGCAAGACCACCAGAUCACAUUCGCAGUCUACGAAUUGACGCCUGAAACGAUUACCCUGGACACAUUCCAUCAAGUCCCCGAGGCGAUGCAAAAUGCACUGAAGCAAUACGCCGAGUCCGGCAGCGGCCCACUCACCUGCACCUCAACAAUGCAAGGCUUCUUCCCUGCGAAGAAAGUGAUGUCCCCCGAAGAGCUUGAAAAGGUCAUCCAAAGCAUCCGCGACGUCAAGCCGACCAGCGCAUUCCACGAGAAACAACUCGCCCAAAUCAUCGCCCACCUCCAAAGCGACACUUCAGCCAACAUCCAAAUGGUCCUCGUCCCAGCAACAGCGGACAUCUCCGGAAUCCAACACCAAAGUCACAUAUUCCCGCCCCGCCCCGCUGACAAACCCGCCGGCGUAACAUUCGCCCUGUGUCUCCAAUACCCUGUCGCUCGAGGCUACGUGCACAUAACAAGCUCCGACCCCACCAAACCACCCGUAAUUCAACCGAACUACGGCGGCCACGAUGCGGAUGUGACCGUGCUCAGCGCCGCCUUCCGCUGGGCGGACAAUGUGUCCCAAUCCUCACACAUCAAGUCCUCAAUAACCGGGCGAUCAUAUCCCGAGCCAUCAAUGGAUCUCCAAGAUCUUGAGAACGGGAAAAAAGCAGUUCACGACGUUAUUUUGGGCGAGUACCAUAUUUGCGGUUCUGUGGCUAUGGGCGAUGCACUUGACUCGCGGUUACGGGUAAAGGGCGUGGAGGGUCUGCGAGUAGCCGAUGCGUCGGUAUUUCCAAAUAACGUAAGUGGGAAUAUUGUUAGUAGCGUCUAUGCGGUGGCGGAGAAGGCGGCGGAUAUGAUUAAGGAGGAUUGGGAUUUUGCACCGCUUAAGGAGGCCAUGGCUUGA